UAACAUAUCUCAUCAAUGACAUGAAUGAAUCAAUUUUAUAUAAUUACUUUCGGUUGAAUGAUUUCAAAGUAAAUUGCCGUCCCAAUUUUCAAUUUUCUCUUCACUUCUUGCCGUUCUUGGUCAGGCCGCGUUCGGUUGUCCAGGAAAAUGUCGAUGGGGACUGACACCACCUGGGUUGGAAAGAAGCCUCUCAGGCGCAUCGGAGGCAUGUCCGAUGCCCUCUCCAUCGCUGCCGAUCUUGGUUUCUCUGUCUCCCCUCCUCCUACACUGGAAGAACUCCAGAACUUAUCCACUACAACUGGUGAGAAGGGUGAUGACUUGAUAAGGGUCUUAAGAGAUCUUACCACUGUACAGAGAAGAAUAGCAGAUCUGCAGGUGGAACUUCAAGGUCGAAAGGAUGAUAAAAAUGUGGCACAUUUGACGCAUGUGAGCGAGAUGGAAAAGAAGAUUGAGACUUUGGCAAGGAUUACCACUAUACUGAAAGAUGUCAUACAGAAUAAGGAUCGCAUCAUAGCUCGUCUUCAACAGCCAUACUCACUAGAUUGCAUCCCAGUGGAAGCAGAAUAUCAGAAACAAUUCUCCGAAUUACUGAUGAAGGCUGCUAGCGAUUACAGUGCCUUGACAACAUCAGUUGCAGAUUUUCAAUGGAGUCAGAACUUUAAGGAGCCUCCUUCAGUAUGGGGGGAAAUGCUUCGGCCAAUUCCGGUUGCUUUAGCAUCAUGCACCCGAUUUUUUGAGGCCAUGUCUGCCAUGAGAGAAUCAUUUGCAACACUAGAACAUCUGAGAGUGGGUCCAGGCAAUUCCUCUUUGCCUGCAACACCAGCCAGGGAUGCCUCCCAAAGAGUGCCCGGGGACUCUGACUGUGUGACUCCACCACCUUGGAGAAAUGAACCAAGCUCUGAUGACUUAGCUACUAGAAGCCUAAGGAGACAAGAAAUUGGGCGACAAGAAGCAGAAGAUGAAAACAGUGAGGUAUCUGAUUUUACUCAGGUUGAUGGCACUACUCAGAGGAGAUUGUCGUGGCCACCUGCAAUUAAAAAGAGUGGAAUUUAGUCCCAUAAGGUGGGUACCAUUGUAUGUAGUAUGAUAAUAUAUGUUCCAUCCAGCACAUAUUCUGUCUUUAAUAUAUCCAUUUGCAAUGAAAAAUGUAACAGCAAUACCAUUCACCAUGGAAAAAAAAAAAAAAUCCAUUCAUUUGUGCAGUGUUACUUAAUAUUGUUUUCUCUGCUAUUUUGAAAUGACA